AUGAAGUUUGUUACUAUCGUGAGCGCCGUAGCUGUGGUGGCUGUGGUGGCUGUAAAAGAUGUGGUCUCUGAAUGUGAGAGCCGUAUCAAAGCGAGUCAAGAUGGUUGGGAUGCUACGUGUCAGUACUGGUGUGGUCAGUAUGCUCCGGUUAAGUGUCAAGGUGUUAUGGAUGCCGCUGGCUUGAUUACUUGCAUCCAGAAAGAGGUCACGUACUGCUACGAUCCGUUGGCCACUGUGGGAGAUGAUAAGGCCGCCUUGACUGACGAGGAAUUAGUGAGCGGCUGCGAAGCGAAGAUGAGUUCUACUAAGUACGAGUGGAUCCCUACGUGCAAAAACUUUUGCAAGUCGUUCCUGCCCGGCCAGAGAGGAAACUGCUCAAAGGAAGCGAAGGACGUGGACACGUUAAUCGAAUGUGUGAACGAGACCUUCGACUACUGCAUUUCAAAGGAUGACGAAAGUGGUGAUCUGGUCGAGCUCUGCGAACAACAGAUUCACACCACGAAGCAGGAGUGGCUUCCUACUUGCCAGCGAUGGUGUUCGCAGUACGCACCAGGCACUGAGCUUGGAGCCACUUGCGAUGGCACGAUAGAAAAAGUUUACGACCUCAUUCACUGCAUCAAUAAGUACCAACCAUACUGCUUCUGA